AUGGCUACAGUAAUCCCUCUUCUACCUGUGCCUGUUGAGCAUCCGAUAGUGACCGGAAGAUCUCAAUGCACCACGAUCCCCCAUGAGCAGCCUAUCCCGGCCACGGCUGCCCCAGAGGUCAACAAAAUACUGCCAGAAGCUGAGCUAGAACCAAAGCACCCGAGUUACACCCUUCCCACAAUAUCCCUUGUUGAUCGAUAUGCGGAUGAACCACGAAAAAUAAGGGUUGCGGUUAUUGGUGCAGGGUUAUCGGGUCUCAUUGCUGGAGUACUGCUUCCAGCCAAGGUUCCUAGUAUUGAGUUGACCAUCUUCGAAAAAAAUUCAGACGUGGGAGGAGCCUGGUUUGAGAAUGUGUAUCCCGGUGUCCGUUGUGAUAUCCCAGCACAUGUGUACCAGACAUCGUUUGAGACAAAUACACAGUGGUCUGAGGAAUAUGCCCAGGGGGCAGAGAUUAGAGAGUACUGGACGGGCAUCGCGCGGAAGUAUGAAGUGUACAAGUACCUAAAACUCUCCCAGCGCGUUGAACAACUCUCAUGGGACAAUAAAAGGUCCAUCUGGCUGAUCAAGAUUCAAAACCUUCCGACGGGAGAGUUUUACACUAAUGAGGCCGAUUUCGUACUGACGGCAAUAGGGAGGUUCAACGACUGGAAACUGCCGAAUUAUCCAGGACUCAAGGACUUCAAAGGGCUGAUUCGACAUGCAUCCAACUGGGAUCCAACAUUUGAUGUUGUAGGAAAGAGAGUCGCAGUCAUUGGAAACGGGUCAACAGGUAUCCAACUGGCAACAAAUAUACAAAGUCAGGUUUCGCGCUUGGAUCACUACGCACGUAGCAAGACAUGGAUAGCGACAGAUUUUAUUGGAGAUUCAACAAAGCUGCAAUCAUUCCCUAUACCCGGAGAGACCAGAAGUUCAUUUGGCGACAUGAACAUAUACCUCAAGUACCGCAAAGGUAUAGAACAGAAUUUCUGGCGUGGUUUCGACGGUUGGCUCAAGGACUCAGAGAGCAAUGAGCACGCACGUGAAGAAUAUACUCAGCAUUUGAAGAAGCGUUUAGCUAAGAAACCAGAACUAGUCGAAGCUAUGAUACCGGAAUUUUCUCCACAUUGCCGACGUUUGACGCCUGGUCCGGGAUACUUGGAAGCUAUCACUGCGGAAAAUGUUGACUAUAUCCAGACGCCAAUCAAGUGCUUCACAGAGACCGGUAUCAUAACAGUAGACGGCAAACAUCGAGAAGUUGAUGCUAUAUUUGCUGCUACAGGGGCAAACAUCGAUGCAGUGCCUCCAUUCAGUAUCACUGCAAAUGGAAAGGAUAUAACCAAACUCUGGUCAGAAGGUGGAGAGUACGGGUUUCCUUACAGCUAUCUUGGUCUUGCAACUCCUGGGUUCCCCAACCUGUUAUUUAUCCUUGGACCUAACGGUGCAGGCCGCUCUGGAACGGUACCGCACAACGUGGAAGUACAGGUAACGCUCUUUGCAAGGAUUCUCAGAAAAGUCAGCAGAGAGGGUAUCAAAACGAUUCAGCCGUCUAAGAAAGCCACCGACGACUUUGUGCAGUACUCGGACGCCUUCUGGAAGACGACUGUGUUAUCUGAGAACUGCCGUUCAUGGUAUAAUGGUGGCAAGCCUGGAUCGCGAAUCCAUGGGCUUUGGCCUGGAAGCUCGUCACUGGUCUCCAUCAUCUCUAAUGAUCCCAGAUGGGAGGAUUGGGAAUAUGAGUAUCUCUCUGACACUAAUAAUUGCCUGGUAUGGUAUUUUGGCAAAGGAAGCACCAAGAUGGAGAAGGACCCAGAGUAUGAUAUUACCUCUUAUCUGGUAGAUCCGGCUGAGAUUGAUUUGAGGAAGCUCCAUGAGGGCCGGUACCAAGUUGUUCACAAGCUGGGUUAUGGGACGUACUCCACCAUCUGGCUCACAAAUGAUAGGCAACAGGGAGCCUAUGUCGCUGUCAAAGUCAGCACUGCAGAUGCACCUCCUCACGAGGCUGAAAUUCUACAUGCCUUGGCAAGGUCUCAACCUGGCCAUCUGGGCCGGGCUAUGAUCCCUACAAUUCUAGAUGAAUUUGAGCUCCAAGGUCCCAACGGACGGCAUAGAUGCUAUGUGACAGCUCCAGUUCGGAGUAGUGUAGGGGCAGCAAAAUUCUGCUGUUGCUUUGCAAUCGAGGCUGCUCGUGCACUGAUUGCACAGCUGGUUUUGGCCGUUGCAUACACGCAUGCCCAGGGGUUUAUUCACGGAGAUAUUCGCCUUGGAAAUAUUCUUCUUCGUCUACCAUCAAGCUUUAAUCAACUCUCAACUGACCAGCUUUAUGAAAAUUUCGGUGAGCCUUGCAAAGAAGGACUUGUCCGCCUUGAUGGAAAGCCUCUCUCCCCCAAUGCCACUGCAUAUGCAACUGUGCCAGUAUGGCUAGGGAAGCAAGCAAACCUAAUUCCACUCUGUGAGGCGCAUCUUCAUCUUAGCGACUUCGGUGAAGGCUUCCCACCAGCGACUCAGCAACGGCCUGGUGGUGAGUGUCAUGCCCCCGUUCCAGUCUUACCACCUGAGGCUCUCUUUGAGCCUGAGAAACCUCUCUCAUUUCCAUCUGAUAUCUGGACUCUCGCCUGCGCCAUGUGGCCCAUUUUUGGAAUGCGGUCACUCUUUGACAGUACGCUUGCGACGCGCGAUGAUAUUGCCUCCCAGCAGGUAGAUGUUCUUGGGCUAUCAUCCUUCCCGUCUGAAUGGUGGAACACGUGGGAGGCACGUCUCAAGUACUUUGACGAGGCAGGUCAGCCAAAGGACGGCCAAAGUGCAGUCCAAUCUCUCGAGUUUGCAUUCGAAGAGGAUAUCAGGCUGCACGACGGGAAGACGGCAUGGACGAAUUCAGCGGGGAAGAGACGGCGGCUAUCCUAG